AUGAUUAACUCACCAAUAACUGAUUCAUUUAGCUCAACAGCACCAAAUUUUAUGUUUCCGGCAAUUCCUCAUGACACAUCGACGCUAAUUAUCCGGAAUGCUCGAAUUCCUCCUCAAACAGAUCCUAGCAUUUAUUUGACUGCACUGUUUUAUGACCCUAAUUCUGGAGUUAAAAAAAUCAAGUAUUACGAAAGUAUCAAGAAUUAUCUAAAUGAACAAAACUCUAUUAAAAUACUUGAUCCUUCGAAAAUUAAUGGUGAUGGUGCCAUUAAUUUUAAUUUGAACCAAGAAGAGCUAACUGAAUUAAAUAAAAUGAUGUUCUUCAAGCCG